GUGUAACACCACGACUCGUGGAUCUCUUUUAUAAAACUUAAUGUUUUUUUUUCCUCGUUUUUUAUUAUUUCAGUGACAAUGUAUGACAAAGAGCGGAAAUUAGGUAUACAUAUAGGAUAGUGAUAGAGAAAUACUUAGAGCAUACCAAAAGUGAUAAGAUUUUGAAGAAAAAUAGACAAGUUAUUGAAGAUUUUAUUUCAUCAAAUGUUUGAAGUAGUUUCUCUGGUUGUUUAUACAUAAUUGCAUUUGCUCAUGCCAUUUGUCGAAAGUUUUUUUUUUUCAUAAUCAUUCUUGUUGAUCGAAUUCAUAGUCUUGGUUACGGCUCGAUGUAGGGAUUAUGAGAUGCUUUGAUUGGUUAGUUUCUGUUUGAUCAAAUCGAAUAACCAAAAAACAUAUGAUACCAGGUUCAGAAAAUUUGAUAGUUGCCGAAUAAUUUUGAUAACUUCCGAUUCUAGAUAGUUCGAAAUACCAUUAUGAGCAUGUGGUUGGACGUUGUCGUACUGAAGUUUUAUGGAAUGCGUACUAGAAAACUGGUCUUUUCGUCUGAAUUUCUGUGAUGAGAAGAGAUUUCAGGCAAUGAUCGAUGGUUUCAUACCAGUUUCUACUUGUAUUUUACUAAUAGUAAGAUGAGAAUCAUCAUCAAUAACACCCUUUUGAUCAUCUGGCAAAUGUAUUGUAAAGUGGAGCCUGGUCGCCAAAAAAUAGAAUAUAAUUCAUCAUAAAUCAAUUUUCAUUGAAUGUUAAAUGCAGUACACAAUAUCAUUACUUUGGAUGUGUCCUAAGUAAUAUGUAAAAAAAAAUUGUUCAAUUCGAUUGUCAGAAACAAAAAUUAUUGAUUACAUAGAACUAAAAUCUAUAAUGUUUAAGAUUUAUGAGAUUGGCUAUUGUCUCUGUUAUAUAUUGAUAUACUAAUUUAGAUUUACUAUUGAAUGUGUUAUGAAAUUAAUUGCAUUAAAUUUUAAAUAUUUUACUAUUCCAUGGAAUCUAUUUGAUUUUAUCAUUGUAAUUGCAUCAAUUCUUAGAGGACUAUUAGAAGAAAUUAUAGAAAAAUAUUUUAUUAAUCCAACAUUAUUACGUGUUGUUCGUGUUGCACGUGUUGGAAGAAUAUUACGUUUUGUGAAAGGAGCAAAAAGUAUUCGAAUAUUAAUAUUUGCAUAUGCUGUUUCGGUGCCUGCCUUGUUUAAUAUUGGCCUUCUUCUUUUUCUUAUCAUGUUUAUCUAUUCAAUAUUUGGUAUGUCAUUUUUUGCUUAUGUAAGAAAAUCAGCUGGUAUAACAGAUUUACUUAAUUUUGAAACAUUUCCUAAUUCAAUGAUUGUACUUUUUCACAUAUGUACAAAUGCUGGUUGGUCUGAUGUUUUUCAAGCAUUAACAAAUGAUCAAUCACCAGAUUGUGAUCCAACUAUAAUUUCACGAUCAUAUAAAGGUGAUUGUGGUGAUACAAUUAUUGCAACAUUAUAUCUUGUAAGUUAUGUAAUAAUUACUUCUCUUGUUGUGGUAAAUAUGUAUAUUGCAGUAAUACUAGAAAAUUUUUCUCAAGCACAAGAAGAUGUACAACAAGGCUUGACUGAUGAUGAUUAUGAUAUGUGUUAUGAAAAAUGGCAACGUUUAGAUCCAUCAGGUUCACAAUUUAUACGAUAUGAUCAAUUAUCAGAUUUUAUUGAUGGUCUUCAACCACCAUUACGUAUUCCUAAACCAAAUCGAUUAGUACUUGCCGCUAUGGAUUUACCAAUAUGUGAACAUGAUCGUAUACAUUAUGUUGAUAUAUUUGAUGGCAUUACAAAAUAUUUUCUUGGUAUAUUUAAUGUAUCAAUAGCAAAUAGUGAAGCUAAUACAUCAAUUGAUAUAAAAAAAGAUCGUCCAAAAGAUUAUCAUCCUAUAACAACAACAGUACAACGUCAGCGUGAACUUUAUUUGAGUCGAAUGGGUUUAAAAGGUUUUCGAACUAAUGUUGAACGACGUCGAAACGAACGAAAAAAUCGAGAAUCAAUAGUUAGAAAAGUUACAACUGACGAACUCAUUGAAUCAGAUGAGUUAGAAACACCAACAUUAGCAUCGGACGAUAAUCAAAAUCAUGAAACGAAUUUAACAACAUCAACGUGA